GCUGCUCUCCCGGCUUACACACGUCUCCCGUCUCCCGGUAGGAAAUGGAGUCGAAGGUCUCUGAAGGCGGCCUGAACGUCACCCUCACCAUCCGGCUGCUGAUGCAUGGCAAGGAAGUUGGAAGCAUCAUUGGAAAGAAAGGAGAGACCGUGAAGAAGAUGCGCGAAGAGAGCGGGGCAAGGAUCAACAUCUCAGAGGGAAACUGCCCCGAGCGAAUCGUGACCAUCACCGGCCCCACCGAUGCCAUCUUCAAGGCUUUCGCCAUGAUCGCCUACAAAUUUGAGGAGGACAUAACCAAUUCAAUGAGCAACAGCACUGCUACCAGCAAACCUCCGGUGACGCUGAGACUGGUCGUGCCGGCUAGUCAGUGUGGCUCGCUGAUCGGCAAAGGAGGCUCCAAGAUCAAGGAAAUCAGGGAGUCAACAGGUGCUCAGGUUCAAGUGGCGGGGGACAUGCUGCCCAACUCCACGGAGCGGGCGGUGACAAUCUCGGGGACACCCGACGCAAUUAUCCAGUGUGUCAAACAGAUCUGUGUGGUGAUGCUGGAGGUACAGUCUGUGACAAAGGGGGUAAAGUACAUAGGAAAAAAACCCAGCUGGCACCACAACAGCGCUGGGAGCUGUGGAGCGUGUCUCUCGUACCCUUCACCACGCGUUGUCGGACCACUCAUUUCCUGGUACCUCCGUUUGAAACCUACCCAGUGUGUUCUCCCCGCCAUCUUCGUACGUUGUUUCUAGAGUCCCACACUGGAAACCUGUCUGGUCAGGUGCCCCAAAGGAGAUGGCUUGUGUCGUAGCACAGGGUGGCUUCAGGAGAGAGGGGUGCCGGG